AUCAUUGGUCCACCACAUGGUUGCAUGUGGUAGUAUUCUUCCUGUCCGUGUGUAGCCAGCUGUCACCGCCGAAAACAGCUGGUUUUGUCAGAUUCAUCCUGUUUAAAUAACUUUUCUGUCGUCGAAAGAUGAACGAAGUCGUGAGUUUGCGACGGAGGAUCGCGGAGCUCGAGAACCAGCUGCGAGAAAAGAAAAGUAAAGAUGAGGCGACGACGAUGAGGGGAAGGAUCGAGCAUAUGUCAGCAGAGGUGGUGGAUUCGAACCCAUACAGCCGAUUGAUGGCACUGAAGCGCAUGGGUAUCGUGGAAAAUUACGAGAGCAUACGCGACUUCUCGGUUGCGAUAGUCGGGGUUGGCGGUGUCGGCAGCGUAACGGCAGAAAUGUUAACGAGAUGCGGCAUCGGGAAGCUGAUAUUAUUCGAUUACGACAGUGUGGAACUGGCGAACAUGAACAGGCUGUUCUUCCAACCGCACCAAGCGGGUCAGAGCAAAGUGGAAGCAGCGGCGAACACUUUGCGCAACAUAAAUCCCGACGUGGAGAUCGAGACGCAUAAUUACAACAUCACGACUGUCGAUCACUUCCAAGAUUUCGUGGAUAGAAUAAGCACUUCCGGUUUAGGGGACGGCCCGGUUGAUCUGGUUUUGAGCUGCGUCGACAAUUUCGAGGCUCGUAUGGCGAUCAACACCGCGUGCAACGAGCUGACUCAAAGCUGGUUCGAGAGCGGCGUUUCCGAGAACGCGGUGUCCGGCCACAUCCAGUUUAUCCUGCCGGGUGAAACGGCCUGUUUCGCGUGCGCACCACCUCUGAUCGUAGCCUCUAGCAUCGACGAGAAGACGUUGAAACGCGACGGCGUGUGCGCCGCGUCCUUACCCACUACGAUGGGCAUAGUAGCGGGCUUCCUGGUGCAGAACACCUUGAAGUUCCUACUAAAGUUCGGGCAAGUGUCUCAUUACCUGGGCUACAACGCCAUGGAGGACUUCUUCCCUAAGAUGACUUUAAGACCGAAUCCAAAUUGCGACGACGCACAUUGUCGGCAGAGGCAGAAGGAGUACGCGGCGAGGCCGAGGAUUCAGCAAAAGCCGGCCGAGGUUGUCGAUGAAAAGCCGACACACGAGGACAACGAAUGGGGAAUCUCGUUGGUUGACGAGCAGAGUGAGCAGUCGGAUAAAAAGACGUCGACGUCCGGGGUGCGGCACGCAUAUACCGUACCUGCACACACGCGCGCGGACAGCUCCGAGAGGGAGCAAACCGUUCCCGAGUCAACGGGACCAAGCUUAGAGGAACUAAUGGCGGAGAUGAAGGCUAUUUGAAAAUAAUCCGUUGCGUGCAGAACGCAUUCCAAGCUCGAGAACUUUCGAUUCCCAUGCGUUUUUAUUCGAUGUAUUUAAUGUACGGAUUUUACUCCGUUGCUGUAACCGCGAGUCUUGAAAGCUAAAGAAAGUGCGUUUGUAAAGA